AUGCGAUUCGGAUAUAAAGGUAAGCUGAGUCCUCGUUAUAUUGGGCCGUAUGAUAUUGUCGAAAGAGUUGGACCGUUGGCGUAUAGGUUAGCAUUACUUCCAGAGUUAGAGCAGAUUCAUAAUGUUUUCCACGUCAGCAUGCUUCGACGUUAUCAAUCUGACCCGUCACAUGUUAUGAAAGGUCUUGAUAUACAGAUUUCUGAGAAUCUGAGCUACAUAGAGGAACCAGAUAAUAUUGUAGACCGACAGGUGAAUUAUUGGGAAGUCUCCUUCAGCAGACAAUCAGUCACCUACUUAGAGUUUACAAGAUCUAUGGCUUCUUCGACUGUCUGCCAAAGGAGAUUUGCUCACUAA